AUGACGACACCACCGGAACCGGUGAAGCUCAUCGGCUCGGGCAACAGCCCGUUCGUGCACCGCGCCGCGGUGGCCCUGCGCCUCAAGGGCGUGCCCUACGAGUUCAUCCGCGAGGACAUGGGCAACAAGAGCCAGCUGCUGCUCGCGAGCAACCCCGUCCACAAGAAGGUGCCCGUGCUCCUCCACGGCGACCACCGCGCCGUCUGCGAGUCCCUCGUCAUCGUCGAGUACGUCGACGAGACCUUCAACGGGCCGCCCCUUCUCCCCUCCGACCCCUACGACAGGGCCGCCGCCCGCUUCUGGGCGCACUUCCUUGACGACAAGUGCUCUAGGCCGUUCUGUCUGGCACACUGGGCGGAGCAGGGUGAGGCGCAGAAGGCUGUGGUGAAAGAGGCCAAGGAGAACCUGACGCUUCUGGAGGCGCAGCUCAACAGGAAGAGGUUCUUUGGUGGCGACACGCCCGGCUACCUCGACAUAGCCUCGUGUGCUUUAGGUCUUUGGCUCAGCGUGCUUGAGGAGGUGACUGGAGUGACCUUGGUGGACGACAACGAGUUCCCUGCUCUAUGCCAGUGGGCCAAAGAGUACAAAUCCAAUGAAGCUCUCAAGCCCUGCAUGCCGGACAAGGACCAAGUCGUCGCCUACUUCACUGAAAAUAAGGAGAGGUACAAAAUGUGGGCCAUGACAACAUUGGGGCAGUAA